UACUGUAGUAGAAUUAGCGUUUCCACGUUUCGGGCAAGAUUUGAAGGCUCAGCCCACACGAAAUCGAUGCGAGGCAAGGGGCGUUGCGCCAUUCUCCAGCAUGGUACCGUAUCGUCCGAUUGAUGAAUGGACAAGUAGAUCUUCACAGCAGCAGCAGCCAUCAGAUCUCUGCUUGUUUGCAUGUUUGCCAGAAUCAGGAACGUUUUGCUCCGCGAAACGUAAAUGCGAGCAAGAACUUUAGAAGCCAAUUUCCCUGCAUGGGGAUCGCCGUUCCGCCACUUGAAAUCGUUGCUUCAAAUCCCAUCGUCCAGCAUAGCGGCAUCUCCGGCCCAAACUACGAGCAAACGUGAGGCACUCCUAAGGAGCGAUCCCAUUUCGAUAGGGCUUGAGAACAUAGACGGAUCUUUGCAAGCAAGCAGCACGCGCUGUUCUUGAAACCUACCAGGAUGGUGAUUGCUUUGGUAACACAUACGUCAAUAUCAACGCAGAUAGGUCUCGAAUGGCACUUCUGUUCCGACAAACAAAUCACUGUCCGUGCCGAAAGGCAAUACAUACCGCCCCAAACACAACUGCACAAAGACUAUUCGGUUUGGAUACAUCGCCACGGAUGCAAUCUUGCUUGCAUCAGAUCGUUUCCAAAGGAUCCAGCCAAAGAAUUUGCAGUUCCGUCGCAUGCUAAGGGCAGAUCUAUUUCCUUCACCUCGAAGAGAGGGCUUGUGGCGGAACAGUCAAACAUACGAAGGAGGUGAUUGAAUCAUUCGAUUCGAAUGAUUCAAUUCGAAUGAUUUGAUUCAAUCGGAUCGGAUGAUCAAUCGAUCCAGCUGAUGAGGGUUUGCGUGGCAGCGUUUUCAAAGUUUCCUUUAACUCUUUCAUUUGAAGUGCACGCAAUCAUCAUUAAAUCUGCUGACGUAAGACUGAUUUCUCGGAAGAUCAGCAAGAUCAAUCAUGAUGAGGCGUGACAUCAUCGUGAUGAAGCAACCCAGAAAGCAACUACAGCCAGGAACUGCAAGAAAGUCUUUGUUUGUUUACAAUUUUCCUUCUCGUCUCUUCUCUUUGAACAACCUUCAUCAUGAAACUCGUCCAGACCGAACACCCUUCCUCCAUUGCCAACCCUGACUCGCACAUGAAAACAGCCAGGGAGUACAAGGAGGGAGGCCAACCCCGUCUAACUCUUCCCACCAACGAAGAGAUUGAUCCCAAUGCUGGAAAAGUUGCUCUUGAUCCUGCCCAACCUUGGGGUUCUGGUAUCCUUGGUGAUAUCAAGAGGACUGUUGGAACCCACUGGUUUGCGGAGAUGACCAACUUCAACCAAAAGACAAUUGCUGUCUCUUGUUUGAUUUUCAUCUCCAUCAUCCCUCCUACCUUGGCUUUUGGUGCCAGUUAUGGAAAGAUGUCCAACCAAAAGAUGGGUGCCAUUGAAACCAUCCUUGCCACUUCCUGGAUUGGGAUUGCCUACAGUCUCAUUGGAGGAAUGCCUAUGUGCAUCAUUGGUUCCACUGGACCCGCCUUGGCUAUCUCUACUGCUAUCAAGAACAUUGCUGAAGGUGCUGGCAUUGAAUAUAUCAACUGGAAUGCCUGGAUCUCCAUUUGGCUUUUUGGGUACUGCUUUGCUGCUGGGUUCUUUGACUUGACCCGCUACGUCCGCUUGGCCACCCGUUUCACUGAUGAAAUCUUUGCCUUGCUCAUUGUGGCCAUUUUUGUGAUGGAUGCUGUUGGUGAUCCUUUCAGUCCUUCUGGUAUCCUUCGCUACCUUGACCCCAGCCACAGGAGCCAUGGUGAAUACGAAGAUGAAGUUGACUACGAGUACUUGACUGUUGGUUUCUUGAGUGUUAUCCUUGGUUUUGGAACCACCGCCCUUAUCUUCUUCUUCCGCAGCUUCAAGUUCUCCUCCUUCUUCUGCAGUGACAUGAUCCGUACUUCUGUUCAUGAUUUUGCUGUCACCAUGAGUGUUGUCUUCUGGACUCUUAUCAAGGAACUUCUAUUCCCUGAGGUGCAGACUGAAGGCCUCCAAGUUCCAGACAAGUUUGAACCUAGCUUCCAGUGCUGCACUGAAGCCUGUGACACCUUCUGGCCCGAUGAGUGCCCUGAACAAGAAGCCUCUGUUGGUGCCCGCAACUGGUUUGUUGACCUUGGUGGUGUUCCAAGCUGGGCUCCAUUUGCUGCUGCUGGCCCUGCCAUCAUGGCCUUCUUGCUUUGCUACCUUGACAAUGGAAUCACUUGGCACUUGAUCAACCACAAGCACCACAAGCUCACCCACGGAGAAGCCUACAACUAUGAUCUCUGCUUGAAUGGUCUCUUUAACUGUGUCAAUGGAUUGAUGGGUCUUCCCUGGUUGGUUGCUACCACUGUUCCCUGCAUUAUUCACUUGAACUCCCUUGCCGAGAAGGAUGCCCAUGGAGAAUUCCUCAGUGUCCAGGAAACUCGUUUGACCAUGUUCUUCUCCCAUCUCUUCUUGGGAUUGACUAUGGCCGCCUUGAGUGUUUUGAAGCUCCUCCCUCUUCCUGUCCUUUAUGGAGUGUUCCUCUUCAUGGGUCUCUCUUCUUUGCCUGGAAUUCAGUUCUGGAACCGAUUCCUUCUGUUCUUCCAGCAACCCAGCCGUUACCCUGAGACUGUUUUCUUGAAGUACAUUGAGAGCAAGAGAGUGCACAUGUACACAGUCUUCCAAAUGUGCUUCUUUGCUGGUAUCUUUGUUGUCAUGAAUGUCAAGGCCAUCUCCAUUGCUUUCCCCUUCAUGACUUUCUUGUGCAUUCCUUCCCGUCUCUUCUUCUUGCCCAAGUUCUUUGCUGGAUGGGAGCUUACUUUGUUGGAUGGUGAAGAGGAUCAGAUCGAAGCGUGGGUGCAGCUCAAGCAAGACUCUGUGCGUGAUUUCAAAUUGCAACAGGACAAGACUGGAGCCAUGGAUGAUGAUAGCGUGGACACCCCAGAGCCUUUGGCCACUGAUCUUCCAGCUGUGAGUGUUGCUGAGGCGAAAUUCUUGUCCGAUGACAUUUCUGUCUAAGUGUAAGGAAGGAAUGUUGAGAACUGCACGUGCGGCCAUGACCAAUCGGUGCGGCAAACUUGGAGCCACUGGCCUAUGGCGCCGUGAAUACACAUGUAUGUGUAAAGAGAAAUGUGACUACGAACUACGAAGACGGUAUGAAACAGCGUUGAAACUCAAGCAACCGUCAACAGCGCACAUUAAGCAACACUACUAGUAGGAAAGAUUAUAUG